GCUAAUAAUUAAAUUAAGACAACAAAUCGACACAGGGGCACUGAAUCAUUCAUAGACAACCCUAUCCCGCCGUCGCCGCGCCCAGCCCAGCUUCCUCUUUUCUCUUCCGUGCUUUCUACAGCGCCGCCGUCGUGCUUCGCUUCUGUUGCGCCGCUGCCACGCCCACCUCCACUGUGCCGCCUCCGUACCCGGCCUUCGCUCCGAGUUUGCUCGCCCAACUCGUCGCUUCUGACUCGCCCCUCCCAUCUCUGUUUCUUCAGAGUUUAUCUGGCGAAUCCCCUGUUAGGCCGCUUGAAUCCAGAGAGCGAGGAGGUUGAAGAAGUUGAGAAUAAUCAAGCAAGCAGCACUCACUCAAUCAGACACGGAGAUGGCUCACCCCGGGGGUGGUGCUGAGGCCCACGCUAGGUUCAAGCAAUACGAGUACAGAGCUAAUUCGAGCCUUGUACUCACCACUGAUUCUCGCCCUCGCGACACACAUGAGCCUACUGGAGAACCUGAGUCGCUGUGGGGAAAGAUUGACCCCAAAAGCUUUGGUGACCGAGCUUAUAGGGAUAAACCUCCGGAGUUGGAGGAGAAACUUAAAAAAUCAAAAAAGAAGAAGGACCGAGAGCCCCUUUUUGAUGCUGCACCUCCUAAGAGCAAGAAGAGGCGUCUUCAGGAGGAGAGUGUCCUCACUUCCUCCGAGGAAGGUGUUUACCAGCCAAAGACUAAAGAGACAAGGGCUGCUUAUGAAGCCAUGCUUAGUGUUAUUCAGCAACAGUUGGGUGGGCAGCCUCUGAAUAUUGUGAGCGGAGCUGCUGAUGAGAUUUUGGCAGUCCUGAAGAAUGAGAAUUUAAAAAAUCCUGAUAAGAAAAAGGAGAUUGAGAAGCUGCUGAACCCCAUCCCGAGCAAUACAUUUGAUCAACUCGUGUCCAUUGGGAGGCUUAUUACCGAUUACCAUGAUAGUGCCGAUGCUGGGGAUUCUGCUGUUAAUGGAGAUGAUGGUCUUGAUGAUGAUGUUGGUGUUGCUGUGGAGUUUGAGGAGAAUGAAGAAGAAGAAGAAGAAAGUGAUCUGGACAUGGUACCUGAGGAUGAAGAGGAUGAAGAUGAUGUGGCAGAAAUGGAUGGUUCUGGGGCUAUGCAGAUGGGUGGUGGAAUUGAUGAGGAUGAUGAGCAGGAAGCUAAUGAAGGAAUGGCCUUGAAUGUUCAGGAUAUUGAUGCAUACUGGCUACAAAGGAAGAUCUCACAAGCCUAUGACCAGAAAAUUGAUCCACAGCAGAGCCAGAAGCUUGCGGAAGAGGUUCUGAAAAUUCUUGCUGAGGGUGAUGACCGUGAAGUUGAAAAUAAGUUGCUGAUGCAUCUGGAGUUUGAUCAGUUUAAACUUAUCAAAUUCCUAUUACGGAACCGGUUGAAAAUAGUAUUUUGUACUCGUCUGGCGAGGGCUGAAGAUCAAGAGAAGAGGAAGGAGAUUGAAGAGGAAAUGAUGCAAUUGGGGCCUGACCAUGCUGCCAUCCUGGAGCAGCUACAUGCCACUCGAGCGACUGCAAAAGAGAGGCAGAAGAACAUGGAGAAGAGCAUUAGGGAGGAGGCUAGGCGGCUGAAAGAUGAAACUGGUGGGGAUGAUGACCGUGAACGCCGUGGUUUAGUUGAUAGAGAUGCUGAUGGUGGUUGGUUAAAGGGGCAGCGGCAACUUCUGGACCUGGAGAGCCUUUCGUUUCAAAAAGGUGGGUUGUUGAUGGCAAAAAAAUGUGAGCUACCGGUUGGUUCUUAUAGAAACCACAGGAAGGGUUAUGAAGAAGUUCACGUUCCAGCAUUGAAGCCAACGGUAUUAGCUGCUGAUGAGAAACUUGUUAAGAUUUCUGACUUGCCAGAGUGGGCCCAACCAGCUUUCAAAGGAAUGAGCCAGCUGAAUAGGGUCCAGAGCAAAGUUUAUGAGACUGCACUUUUCAGUGCCGAGAACAUCUUGUUGUGUGCGCCGACCGGUGCUGGGAAAACGAAUGUUGCAAUGCUUACUAUACUUAACCAGAUUGCGCUGAAUAUGAAUGAUGAUGGCACAAUUAAUCAUAAUAAUUACAAGAUUGUGUAUGUCGCACCAAUGAAGGCUCUGGUUGCCGAGGUGGUAGGAAACCUUUCUAAUCGUUUGGAACAAUAUGGUGUCAAAGUUAAGGAGUUGAGCGGUGAUCAAACAUUGACGCGACAACAGAUUGAGGAAACCCAGAUUAUUGUGACUACUCCCGAGAAGUGGGACAUUAUUACUAGAAAGUCAGGUGACCGCACGUACACACAGCUUGUGAAACUUCUCAUUAUUGAUGAAAUCCACCUGCUGCAUGACAAUAGAGGGCCUGUGCUGGAAAGCAUAAUUGCUAGAACUGUUCGGCAAAUUGAAACUACGGAAGAGCAUAUUCGGCUUGUUGGGCUCUCUGCCACACUUCCGAAUUACGAAGAUGUUGCGGUUUUCUUACGAGUUAAAUUACAGAAGGGGCUCUUUCAUUUUGACAAUAGUUACAGGCCAGUUCCUUUGGCCCAGCAGUAUAUUGGGAUUACUGUAAAGAAGCCAUUGCAGAGAUUUCAGUUGAUGAAUGAUGUAUGCUAUGAGAAGGUUAUUAGCGUUGCUGGAAAACAUCAAGUUUUGAUCUUUGUCCAUUCGAGAAAGGAGACUACCAAGACAGCUCGUGCAAUUCGUGAUACUGCCCUCGCUAACGAUACCCUGAGUAAGUUCUUGAAAGAGGAUAGUGCAAGUCGGGAAAUUCUUCAAUCUCACACAGAGCUCGUGAAAAGCAGCGACCUGAAGGAUCUACUACCUUAUGGUUUUGCAAUCCAUCAUGCAGGGAUGGUUAGAGCUGAUCGGCAAAUUGUUGAGGAGCUUUUUGCAGAUGGGCAUGUCCAAGUCUUGGUUUCUACUGCCACUCUUGCUUGGGGUGUCAAUUUGCCUGCACAUACUGUUAUCAUCAAGGGUACUCAAAUCUAUAAUCCUGAGAAAGGAGCAUGGACUGAAUUGAGUCCUCUAGAUGUCAUGCAGAUGCUUGGUCGUGCUGGUCGGCCUCAGUAUGAUACAUAUGGUGAAGGAAUAAUCAUAACUGGCCAUAGUGAAUUGCAGUAUUAUCUGUCCUUGAUGAAUCAGCAGCUUCCUAUUGAGAGCCAGUUUAUUUCUAAAUUGGCUGAUCAGUUGAAUGCUGAAAUUGUACUUGGAACUGUGCAGAAUGCUAGAGAAGCGUGUAAAUGGUUGCUGUAUACAUAUUUAUUUGUCCGGAUGAUGCGGAAUCCAAACCUAUAUGGUUUGUCACCUGAUGUUCUGAAAAGAGAUAAAACCUUGGAAGAAAGAAGAGCUGAUCUGAUUCAUUCAGCAGCUAUGAUUUUGGAUAAGAACAAUCUGGUGAAGUAUGACAGGAAAAGUGGAUAUUUCCAGGUCACUGACUUGGGUCGCAUUGCCAGCUAUUACUAUAUUACUCAUGGUACAAUAUCCACCUACAAUGAGCAUUUGAAGCCUACCAUGGGUGAUAUUGAGCUGUGUCGGCUGUUCUCACUCAGUGAAGAGUUCAAAUAUGUAACUGUGAGACAAGAUGAGAAGAUGGAACUAGCCAAGCUCUUAGACAGGGUCCCUAUACCAAUAAAAGAGAGUCUUGAGGAACCCAGUGCAAAAAUUAAUGUCUUACUUCAAGCUUAUAUUUCACAGUUAAAGCUCGAGGGCCUGUCGCUGACAUCUGACAUGGUUUUUAUUACUCAGAGUGCCGGACGACUCAUGAGAGCAUUGUUUGAGAUAGUUCUGAAAAGAGGAUGGGCCCAACUGGCUGAGAAGGCUCUUAAACUUUGCAAAAUGAUAGGCAAGAGGAUGUGGAGCGUGCAGACACCUCUUCGUCAAUUCCACGGCAUCCCAAAUGAAAUUCUGAUGAAGUUGGAAAAGAAAGACUUGGCUUGGGAAAGGUACUAUGAUCUCUCUUCUCAGGAGAUUGGAGAACUCAUUCGUUUUCCUAAGAUGGGAAGAACACUCCAUAAAUUUAUUCAUCAGUUCCCAAAGUUAAACCUGAAUGCACAUGUUCAACCAAUCACAAGAUCUGUUUUGAGGGUCGAAUUAACCAUCACCCCUGAUUUCCAGUGGGAUGACAAGGUCCAUGGAUAUGUUGAGCCUUUCUGGAUUAUUGUUGAGGACAAUGAUGGGGAACAUAUUCUUCAUCAUGAGUACUUCAUGUUAAAGAAGCAGUAUAUUGAUGAGGACCAUGCUCUGAAUUUCACUGUACCCAUAUAUGAACCACUUCCCCCACAAUACUUCAUUAAUGUGGUGUCUGAUAGAUGGCUAGGGUCGCAGACUGUUCUACCUGUUUCUUUCAGGCACCUCAUUUUACCUGAAAAAUAUCCUCCUCCCACGGAGUUACUGGAUUUGCAACCUCUUCCUGUCACGGCAUUACGAAACCCAGCAUAUGAAGCUCUUUAUCGACAAUUCAAGCAUUUCAAUCCUGUCCAGACGCAGGUUUUCACAAUCUUGUACAACUCAGAUGAUAAUGUCUUGGUUGCUGCGCCAACUGGUAGUGGCAAGACCAUAUGUGCUGAGUUUGCCAUUUUGAGGAAUCAUCAGAAAGGACCUGAUAGUGUCUUGCGUGCUGUCUAUAUAGCUCCUAUGGAAGCUCUUGCCAAGGAAAGAUACCAUGAUUGGCAGAAAAAAUUUGGAGAGGGACUUGGAUUGAGGGUGGUUGAAUUAACUGGAGAAACUGCUACUGAUUUGAAACUUCUUGAGAAAGUUCAUAUAAUAAUCAGCACUCCUGAGAAAUGGGAUGGUUUAUCUCGCAGAUGGAAACAGCGUAAAUAUGUUCAGCAGGUCAGUCUAUUCAUUAUUGAUGAGCUCCAUUUGAUUGGGGGUCAAGGUGGCCCUGUGUUGGAGAUCAUAGUCUCAAGAAUGCGCUACAUUGCUAGUCAGUUGGAGAACAAGAUACGUAUUGUGGCCCUUUCAACUUCUCUUGCCAAUGCCAAGGAUCUGGGAGAAUGGAUUGGGGCUUCAUCUCAUGGUCUUUUCAAUUUUCCUCCUGGUGUGAGGCCAGUGCCUUUGGAAAUUCACAUUCAGGGUAUAGACAUUGCUAACUUUGAAGCGAGAAUGCAGGCCAUGACGAAACCUACGUACACGGCAAUUGUGCAGCAUGCCAAAAAUGGAAAACCUGCAAUUGUGUUUGUUCCUACCAGGAAGCAUGCCCGUCUUACUGCAGUGGAUCUGAUGUCCUACUCAAGUGUGGACAGUGAACAGAAAUCGUUGUUCUUAUUGCAGUCCGAAGAGCAGCUGGAGCCUUUUAUUGCCAACAUCAAGGAACCUAUGUUGAAGCAGACACUUCAAUCCGGUGUCGGUUACCUGCACGAGGGGCUGUGCAGCACAGAUCAGGAUAUUGUGAAGACACUGUUUGAAACUGGCUGUAUUCAGGUGUGUGUGAUGAACAGUUCCAUGUGUUGGGGAGUUCCACUGUUGGCACAUUUGGUGGUGGUCAUGGGAACGCAGUACUAUGAUGGCAGGGAAAAUGCCCAUACGGAUUAUCCUGUCACUGAUUUACUGCAGAUGAUGGGUCAUGCUAGUCGACCUCUUGUAGACAACUCUGGGAAGUGCGUCAUCCUUUGCCAUGCACCGCGUAAGGAAUAUUACAAGAAAUUUCUCUAUGAAGCUUUUCCAGUUGAAAGCCAUCUGCACCAUUAUCUGCACGACAAUAUAAAUGCUGAGGUAGUUGUGGGGGUUAUUCAAAACAAGCAGGAUGCAGUAGACUACCUCACCUGGACGUUUAUGUAUAGAAGGUUGGCUCAGAAUCCAAACUAUUAUAAUCUUCAGGGUGUUAGUCACAGGCACCUAUCUGAUCAUCUUUCGGAGCUCGUGGAGAACACGCUUGGUGAUUUAGAAGCAAGUAAAUGUGUUGCCAUUGAGGAUGACUUUUUGUUGUCGCCUCUGAAUCUUGGCAUGAUUGCUUCUUACUAUUACAUCAGUUACACAACAAUCGAACGAUUCAGCUCUUCUCUGGCUUCUAAAAUGAAGUUGAAGGGUCUUUUGGAAGUAUUGGCUUCGGCUUCAGAGUAUGAACAGCUUCCAAUCAGACCUGGUGAAGAAGAGUUGAUAAGGAGGUUAAUCAACCACCAGCGCUUCUCCUUCGAAAAUCCGAAAUACACAGAUCCGAAUGUCAAGGCAAAUGCUUUAUUGCAAGCUCACUUCUCUAGGCAAGUGAUUGGCGGAAAUCUGGCGGCCGAUCAGCAAGAGGUGCUCAUAUAUGCGAGCAGGCUGCUUCAGGCUAUGGUGGAUGUUAUUUCAAGCAAUGGCUGGCUGAGCCUGGCCCUCCUAGCCAUGGAAGUAAGUCAGAUGGUAACUCAGGGAAUGUGGGAGCGAGAUUCCAUGCUCCUCCAACUUCCUCAUUUUACCAAGGAAUUGGCGAAGAGGUGCCAGGAAAACCCCGGAAAGAGUGUUGAGACUGUAUUUGAUCUGGUGGAAAUGGAGGAUGAGGAAAGGCGAGAGCUCCUGCAAAUGCCAGAUUCACAGCUUAUGGAUAUUGCUCGGUUUUGUAAUCGAUUUCCAAACAUUGAUCUGACUUAUGAGGUGGUGGAUGUUGAAAAUAUUGCUGCUGGAGAGGAUAUUAGUGUGCAUGUCAGUCUUGAACGAGACCUCGAAGGAAGAACGGAGGUCGGACCUGUGGAUGCCCCUAGAUAUCCCAAAUCGAAAGAAGAGGGAUGGUGGUUGGUGGUUGGUGAUACGGAAACUAAUCAGCUGCUUGCUAUUAAAAGAGUAACUCUGCAAAGGAAAUCAAGGGCGAAACUGGACUUCAGUGCUCCAGCAGAAGCUGGGAAGAAGACGUAUACUCUAUACUUUAUGUGUGAUUCUUAUCUAGGCUGUGAUCAGGAGUAUAGCUUCACGGUGGAUGUCAAGGUGGCGAGGAAUGAAUAGAGAGCAGUUGAAUGGACGGAUUGAUCGGAUGCUGUGGCUUACUGACUUUUUGCAUAUAUCCUCAUUUCAUUCGGGGGAAGAAACCAGAAUUCUGAAGACAUGUCUACAGACAGCUAGUUCAAGAAUAGAAGACAAGGAAGUGGGCGUGGAAAGGAGGGUAGCUUGCUGUAGUGGAACUGGAACUGGAACUGAACCGAGAGAAGAAGCCAUGUAAUUGUUUGGAGCUGUUGUUGCUGAUUAUCAGAAUUGAGCGUCAAAUUUAUUAAUUCCAGACUCGUGACUAAAGAAUGAAUAUAUACCUUUUGAUCUAUAGACUAAGGAUGCUUGCUUCCUUAGUUACAUUUGAAUUUGAUCCCACCCUCUCUUCUCUUUGUUGCUAUUAUAUAAUACUACUACUUCUACGUUCUCAAUUUUAAAAUUUUAAAUUUAAUUAUUAUCA